GUGAUUUUUUUCAUUUAUCUUACCAUUUUAUUCAUUAUAAAUUUGAAUUUAGGUGUGCCUGAAGUUGAUUGCAUGGAAGAUCGAGUAAAGGUGCUUUUUCAUACGGAGAAGCCAUUUACUGGUAGAAUAUUCGUAAAAGGAAUGGUGGAUAAAAGUCAGUGCGUCAAUUCGUUUGAUACGAAUUCGAAAUCGAAUGUGCAGUUUGAAAUAGCAAAUGGAGAAUGCAAUAUGCGACGAUCACGGAAGCUUGGACCUGAACACAAAGGUGUUGAACAGUCGAUUGCAAUAAUCAUAUCAUUUCAUAAUACAUUUAUAACAAAAAUAGAUCGUGCAUAUCGAUGUACAUGCUUUUAUAUGGAAGCUGAUAAAGUCGUGACGAAUCGAUUUGAUGUUAGCAUGUUGCCAACAACUGAUUUGAUUGACACGGCUCGAAUGCCACUUUGUACGUACACCGUUCGACGUGGUUCGCUUAAUGGCGCUGUUGUUACUUAUGCUAGCGUUGGCGAACAAGUUUUUCACGUAUGGCAUUGUGAAAGUGAUAUGUUCUCAAUGCUUGUGCAUAGUUGCUUCGUUGAUGAUGGUAAUGGAAAAGAAAAGAAGCCACUAAUUGACGAAUACGGUUGUGCAAUUGAGCCAACAAUUGUACCCGAUAUAACAUACAAUGAUGCGAAUAACUUGGCAUUUUCUGAAAUAAACAUAUUCAAAUUUGCUGAUAAAGUUACAACAUAUUUUCAAUGUGCUGUAUCUACGUGUAUGAAAUCAGAAGGCAUGUGUGUCGGUAAAACGCCUCCUCGCUGUGGAAAUAAUAUACAAAAAAGGGAGGAGAAAAUUGAUGAAACAUAUGAUAGGCAUCGAUUUGCCCGUCAUGUAAAUAAGCCUAUCAAUAAAUCUGAACAAAUAGUUGACGAUCAGAAUACAAUGGAUUUAUCUACUGAUAAAAUUAUAGUGCUGGAUUUAGAUGAGGAACGACCGGGAAAGGAAUCGUUCACUGCUUCCAAGUUAAUGGUAGAAGUUUGUUUUUUCUUCCAAAAGUUUCUUACCAUUAUUGUUUUGGGUGGCUUUAUUUGCUAA